AGUUAGUUAAUGGUAUUUAUGACCACUUAACCGCUCGGUUGACUUUAGUGUAUACAUUUCGUGUUCGUCCGUGUGUUAACAAUUUGUUUUUAAUAACUAGACAAUAUGUCCUUCUCCGAUUCUGAUGAUUCUACUACCGAUCCUAAUGGAAAUCCAAAAGUUAAAGUGGAUGUGGAUGCAAAUAGGAACAUGGUGGAUCCAAAUAUAAAUAUUGACUUUAGGGAUAUUAUUGGCAGACGACAAUAUGACCGUCAUCGUCGGAGUAUUUCCCGAUUCGAGGACAUGGCUGCAUUGCCCGAACCGCACCUACCGACUAAUCCUAUAGUGUUCUUUGAAAUUACGGUCGGCAAUGAAUUCGCUGGCCGCAUGAUUUUCGAGUUGCGUAAAGACGUCUGCCCCCUGGCAGCGGAAAAUUUCCGUGCUCUUUGCACCGGGGAAAUGGGCAUAGGCAGAUUGGGCCUACCGCUGUAUUAUAAGCGUACACGCAUCCAUAAAAUUAUCCGUACAUUCGGCUGUCAAGGUGGCGACGUGGUCAAUAAUAAUGGCACUAGUGGCGAGAGUAUUUAUGGACCGAUAUUCCAGAGUGAAAAUUUUACUUUGAAGCAUGAGGAAGGCACUCUAAGUAUGACAAAUUAUGGCGAACGCCAUACCAAUAAUUCGCAAUUCGUGAUCACCUCGAAUCCUUGUUAUAAUCUCGAUGGGUUGAAUGUGGCCUUCGGUCAUGUAUUGCGCGGUUUGGGCAUCAUCUAUUACGAUAUGGAACGUGUAUCGGAUACCGAUGAUAAGCCCACAGAGGAAAUACUAAUUACUAAUUGCGGCGAAUUAAUGCCCGAUGAUGAGUGGAAUUUUGAGGAUAAUGACGAAACCGAGGACUUUUUGCCACCACAACCAAGGGAUUGGGAUAAGAAAUAUAUAGUUUAUACUGCCGAUGAAAUCGUUAAGAUACUAACUGGCAUACGUAUGGCUGGUAAUCACUUUUUUGAUCGCAAAAAAUAUUACGAUGCACGUCGCAAGUAUCGCAAAGCAUAUCGUUAUUGUAAUUUUUUGCGCUCACGUGGCGCUUGGGAGGAAUAUCCGGAACUGGCAUUAAGCGAGGAUGAUUUGAAGAAGCUCGAUGACUUUAUGGUACUCAAUUAUAGCAAUAUGGCAGCUGUUGAACUGAAAUUAAAUAAUAAUGCCAGUGCCAGGGAUGCGUGCACUGAGGCAAUAUUUCUGAAGAGCGACUGUGGAAAAGCCUAUUUCCGUCGCGGGCAGGCGCAUGUGCUACUCAAUGAUCUCGAUGGCGCUGUAGAGGACUUUGUUAGAGCCGGUCAAUUGAUGCCGGCUAAUAAGUGUAUUAAAAAUGAAAUAAUACGCUCAAAACGUUUACAAAGCGCCUACAAUCGUGCUGAAGCAAAGAAAUAUAAAAAAUUAUUUAAUUAAUCAAUUAAAUUAACUAAUGCAAUGUACUGUGAUUAGCAUUAUUUCUACGUGAAGCCUAUUCACAGACAUUGCACUAAUUUUAGACAGUGCAAAAUGUAAAAAUUUAACAGCUGUCUAAUAGAGCAUUCAAAAAAGCAAAA